CCGAUGCAUCGCCCUUGGCAGCUCUCUAUCAUUGUGAAUUUGAAGUGCUCCAAUCUUCCAGUUUGCUGAGCUAGUUCCAAUCGAACCCAACCCUACGCCCGUCGACGACAACGGCGGUGCGAAAGCGUCUCUCGCCAUGGUUGCGCCCGCUGUUCCUGAGUUGACUGAGGAGGUAUUGCACGAGGCAAUUGAUGCGCGCACCGAUUCCCUGAUAUCCCUUCGCGAGCUUGGCCCUCCGGACCUCGUACACCUGGUCAAGCAGCCGCUGCGCCAAUCUGGAAAACAUGUGGGAGUCUACCAUCAUGUCACCGGGGUGGAUGCCUCCUCGUCCGCCAGUCUCGCCGCCUACAUCAAUACCCUAGCGUACAAGGAGUUUGGCCCGUCGGCUACCAGUAAGACGCUCGAGGGGACCUAUUGCUGUUACAAUGCCUUUUCGCGGGUUGACAUGCGCGUGCACGCCCCUUUCCCGGGCUCUGUUGAGAGUUACUGCGUCGACGAGCGCGGGGAAAAGAAGAAGGCGACUGAAGAGCUCUGGCUUGAGACAUACCUCUGCAGUGUGUUACGCGCUUAUUCCUACGCUGACGAUGGCACUGGCGAUACCAUUCGCAAGAUAAUCGGCGUUAGGCGCUUCAACCCGGUAACCAACACCGAAACCGAGCAUCGGUUCCUCAGUGCAGCCGAGCAGCUCUUCUUUAGGGGCUGGCAACUUGGAUCCGACUCCGUCGUGCAAGUCCCUAAUCUGGUCUCGAACCACCUCACAGCUGGCUUACUCAAGUAUUUCCAUACCACUGGACGCUACGCCUCCGCUAUCAACCUCUUUGAGAAGCUGCGCACACAAAAUACUGAGGUAGCGUCCUUGUUGGCAAAGGUCUUGUUCAUGGGAAAUGAGGAGGUCCAGGGAAUUCGCGUUCUCCAUGAGGCGCUGAAGGAGUCUCCGAUGGACUAUGUGAUGCUCGACACCCAGGCGGAAUUCUUACUCAAAAAGGCCGAGACCGCCGCAACACCAGAACAAAAGGAAGAGAGGCUGCGUAUGGCCCUCGGCUGCGCUGACCGGAGCACAAUCGCAGCGCCAAGCGAGUUCGGUACAUGGGCCAGGUUAGCCCAAGUAUACGUGGCUAUGGAAGACUGGGAGAACGCACUCACUACCCUGAACUCAUGUCCGAUGUUUACCUAUCAGGAUAAAGAUGCGCCCGUCAUGCCGGAACCGAGAGAUAUCAAUCUACCAACCCUACCCGAGACGAGGCUGGAUGAAAUCGACAGCGAGCCCGAGACGCGGUACUCUGAGCAGGUAGAUCCGAGUCUGCUGAACCUCCGCGCCGCCGCCUAUCGGGGUACAUUCAAGCAAGCUUACAGCAUCCUGACGGAAAUGACAGCCAAGAUUGGCUGGGACCAGCUGCUCAAGAUUAGGAGCAAUGUCUUUGUCAUGGAAGACGAGUACCGCGAGAAACACGAGUCAGCUCAGCAGAGCUACCCCAAGAAGCGCAACGCGAGCACCGACGCUAUCCGUGGGACCCCGGAUCCUGCGACCAAUGGCGAUAGUCCCGAAGAUGGAAACGGUGCAGAAGGAGCUGAAGCUGACGAGGCUGACAAUGAGAGCGAUGAAGAUUCUGUGGCGCAUACUCUCGCUGUUCCCAAUGGUAAUAAAUCCGCAAAAGAUAUUGAAAGGCCUUCCAGCGCCCUCGGCCCGGAGGAGGUCGCGAAGGCAGACGAGAGCGCCUCCAGCGAGAAUCACUUCUCACGGCUCAACAACAAGCGGCUGUGCGAGCGCUGGCUGGACAGCCUCUUCAUGGUGCUCUACGAGGAUCUGCGCGUAUACACGAUAUGGCGCACGCAGAUGGCCCAGUACCGUGCGCAGAGCAUGCAGUACAAGAAGUCGGCCGAGGAGUGGGAGAUUCUCGGCUGCUUGGCCGAGCGCCUGCAGCACGUCGACGAGGCGGUUGAGGCGUACCGUGCAUGCCUGUCGCAGCGCUUCAGCCCCAGGGCGCUGGCGGGAAUCCUCAAGGUAUUCGAGAAGACAAAGAGCACGCGCGAUACGGUCGCGGCCACGAUCAGGUUGGUAACGUGGCAGUACCGGUGGUACAGCGAGUUCUCGCCCGAGCUGCUGCACACGAUCCGCCUGCUGAUCGAGGACGAGGGGGCCGUCAAGAUCCGGAGCAUAAUUCAAGCGACAAAUCUGCCCCAGAAUGUACUCGAUCUGACACAUCAUUAUGCGGCCCUCUGCGCGACGUUUAGGAGCAGUGGGACGGAUGGCUGAUGUAGGUAGAGGCUGAUUGGGGCGGAACUAAUCGUGUGGAGUGGGGGGUAAAAGGGGGAAAGGUGGAUUCGGUGUAAUAGCGCAUCUCCGCAUCGAUACCUCUUUUUUUGGUGAUCUGAGGUUCUCAGUCAGGCUUGCUUGCCCUUUGC